ACACGUAUGACGGUGAACAAAGCAGUCACCUUCAUAACUGUGCUCUGGUUUUACUCUUUUGUGAAGUUUCUGGUUACUUUAUCGUUGAACAUCCGUUUGCCUCUUUGUGGAAACGUCUUAAAUAAUUUGUAUUGUCAAAACUUCCUUGUGGUGAAGUUAGCGUGUUCCGACACCACAGUGAACAACAUCUACGAACUGUUCGGAGUUGUUCUGACCGUCCUAGUUCCUCUGCUUCCGAUCCUGUUUUCCUACACGGAGAUUCUCAAAGUUUGUUUCUCUGGUUCCAAACAGACGAGACAGAAAGCCGUCAGUACCUGCACCCCCCACCUGGUGUCGCUGCUCAACUUCUCUUUCGGCUGUUUGUUUGAGACUCUUCAGAGCAGGUUUGAUAUGAGCACGUUUCCCUCUGAGCUCAGAAUCCUCCUGUCUCUGUAUUUUCUCAUCAUUCAGCCGCUGUUGAAUCCUCUCAUGUUCGGACUGCAGAUGUCAACGAUACGAAACGCCUGGAAACUCCUCAUCUGCGCUCAGACAUCGCAGGAAGUUUGA